AUGCACAUUAUUUUUCAUGUAUUAUUAAUCGUUGCCAUAUUUACAUUCAGUAUCCAUUGUCAAGGUGGUGGAGGUAGUAGAGGUAGUGGAGGUAGUGGAGGUGCUCGUUCUGGCAGUAACAAAAUAUUUGAUUACGAGAACAGGUUUGUCCGUGAAAAACAAAUCAUUGAAAAGUCAAAUGAAGAACAAGUCGUUAAAAAAUCAGAUGAAUAUUAUGGCACUGUUCUACUUUCAUUAGCAAGUAUACUUCUUGUAAUGCAUAUUGUAGAAUCAAUAUACAUGUGGAUUCAAUCGAAUAAUACAUCGCAACCGUCAAAUGUAACAUUCGUUAAUGAAGUUGAUUCAACUGACAAUGAGACUAAUGUGAAGAGCUCGGACACUCUUUUUUCAUCAGGUCAAUGA